AUGGCGCCAACGGGCGUCGUCUUGAAGGACUUGCUCCCCUUGCCAGUCGAUGUGCCAGCAGCUACUGACCCAGAGAGCAAGCAAACCAGUCACGCGAUCGGCCAAAAGCCUACAAUGAGCCAUGCUCUCGCCAUGUCUGAUGAUCACGAAGGUGCUGUGGCCCAGAACCAUGAUGCAGAAGUUCGCGAUCUGGGCUGGAAUGCUCCGACUGAUGCGAUAGCAAAUCCGCUUGUUGGCAAGCUGCCGAACGAAGAGUUAUGGAUCCUGAUUCGGCGUUUCAACAAGCAAAUGUACCAUGUCAAGGCAUCCGCCUCGCCACCACCAGGAAACCUCGACCUCAACAUCGCCGAGGAAGAAGAAUUCUCUCCGGACAAGCUCCGAGCGAACCUGGAACGACUGUACAUGACUGUCGGCAUCAGCGUCCUUGCAGCCGUCAAGCAUAUGAUGCGUUUGCGGUCCUGGAGAGAAACGAGACGCACCGCAGCAUUCCUUGCAGCAUACUCUUUGGCCUGGCUACUCGACUUGAUAAUGCCGCUGUUGCUGCUAGUCAUGGUCGUUCUAAUCGUCUACCCACCAAGCAGACACAUCCUCUUCCCACCCGCACCAAUCGCACUCGUCUCAGCCAAGACAGGUGGUCUACAGAAACCAAAGGCAGGCGUACUAGGCUCGACAGACUCAGCUACAGGUGCACCAGAGAAAUUCAAGGGUGAAGCCGUCGAAGCCGAAGCUAGUAACUUCGUCAACAGCAUCGCUCAUGUCGCUCUGGCUAGCGCGAGUGGCAAACAUCCACAAGGCGAGCCCACAGGAGCAGACGACGACACGCCCAAUGAUCGCGUUCCGGAUCCGACAUCGAUGGCUGUUAGUGCGAGCAACGCGCGAGUGUCUGCCGGUGGCGAUUCUGCGGCAGUCACGCACGACAAGACAAAAGUGCCCAUGGAGACGGCGAUCUGGAACAAGAUGCGGCCGACUAUGCAUGCUCUUGCUGAUGUCGCUGAUACGUGGGAGAGGUUCGGGAAUGCUUUGUCGCCUACUCCGCCGUUCCCACACGAUGCGUAUCGGUUGAGAUUGGCUGCGAUUCUGGUACCGCUACUUGGAGCAUCCAUCUUCAUCACGAAUUACAUGGUUGUGAAGGGUAUUACGUUUGGCAUUGGAUUCGGCUUCUUUGGCGAUCCGGUUAUUAUGCGAGGGCUGGACUGGCUCAACAGGAACUAUCCUGAUUGGCAGAAAUUACUUGAGCUUCGCAAUAGCAUCCUCAAGGGCGUGCCGACCAAUGCUCAGCUUACGGUUACAUUACUUCGCAUUGGUGAGGCGAAGAAAGCGCCAUUGCCUCCUCCACCGCAAUCGACUGAGCCGCCACCAGAUGAGCCGGUCGAUGUUACGGAUGAUCAUUUGCGUGCCGUGGGCAGCGACUGGCCACUCAACGCCACAGACGAGGAGAUAACAGAAGCCAUGGCCCACGACCCAAACACCAAGCACGAAACCACCGGGUCCGACAUCGACGCAGCCAAAGCCAAACACCACGGCAAAAAGGGCUCCAAAAUUCUAAACGUCUUCAAAUCGGGCGUAAAGGGUGCUGUGGAAACCGCCCUCGGCGCCGACCAUCUAAAGGCAAAAGUAGCCGGCAGCACGCACGCCAAACAACGUCUCGGCGUCAUCCCUUCCUCCCGCGCCAACAACCUCUCCGGCCCCGUAGAUUUCAAAUGCCGCUACAAUGGCAAGCGGGGUCACGCCUACAUCAGUACCCGCGCCACCAUCCCCUGCAUCUCCUUCUCCCUCGACAAGAAUAUUGCUACGGAGGGGACGGAGGAUAGGGGCGAUGCGGAGUUGCACCCGGUGUGGUCGAUUGCGGUGGCGGAUGUGAAGGAGGUGAAGAAGGUUGGUGGACUGGGGUGGAAGGCUAAGCUUGUGGUUGGGUGGGCUUUGGACAGGGAGGUGGCGGAUGGGGUCGAGAUUGUGGAUAGAAUGGGGGAUACGUUUGUGCUUACGGCGAUGGUUUUGAGGGAUGAGUUGUUUAAUCGGGUUAUUGCUAUGGGGGGGCAGAAGUGGGAGAGUUGGUAG